AGUCAUGUGUAUAGGCUGAAAGGACGUUUGCAUGCAUGUAUUUCUCCUUCUGAGAAUGGACUUACCAACGGAAAGAUACUAACUGGAUUGACAGAUGGUCAGCUAGAGAACUUAGAUAUGAUUGAAGGAGAUGAAUACGUGAGGAAGACUGUCGAAGUUGUGUUAACUGAAACUUCCGAGAAGAUGAAAGUGGAAACCUAUGUAUGGGCUAACAAGGAUGAUCCUGAUAUGUAUGGAGAAUGGGAUUUCGAGGAAUGGAAGCGGCUUCACAUGGAGAAAUUCAUAGAGGCAGCCAAGAAAUUUAUUGAAUGGAAGAAGAAUCCGGAUGGGAGAUCAAGGGAAGAGUUUGAGAAAUUUGUACAUGAAGAUCCUCUGGUGGCCUGAAGAAUUUAUGUGCUUUUGUUUUGUUACCCAUUAAGAUGUGUGUUGAAAUCACUCUCUUUAUCAAAUAUCUUUUACUGCAAGUAA